CACUUACCAUUUUACCAUUAACUCUCCCUCUUUCACCGUCUUGCUGUGGGACUAGAUUAGGAGCCCAGUUACUUCCCCCUUUUUAAGGAAAACCAUUUCAAGGGUUUCUAUGAUUUUGAUCAAAACAUGAGAUUCAAAACAAACCUCAAAACAAACAAACUGACUAUAUAGUUGCCCUACUUCAUCUCUCUUUUCCACCUUCCCUAUAUGCUAUAUAUCAUAUGCAUAUAUAUCGUCCCUAUCAUUCUCCAUUUUCAAUCAUCAUUGAUCCCUCUCUUUCUCUCAUGGCAUUCCUGAACCCUAGCUAGUAAAAUUUCAUAUACCCUUGACGAUCAAACACUUUUUGAGUUAUCAUUCUUAAUUCUUUAGCAGCUUCUCUGCAACUGGAACUGUAAGCUCAGAGCGUUAGAUCAUCUCUUUCGUAACUGAGCUCUCUAUACAAUCUCUUCCUAUUUUAUUACUCUUAUAGGAUCAUAAAAUCCAUUCUGAAAUCUUUCUGUUUGCAAGCUAUUUGUGGGCUUUCUUACCCCAAUCUCCUUCUCUCUUUAUAGCAAAAAGCUUUCAAGAUCACCUCUUAAACCUCCAAGAACGCUCAAGACACCCACAUGGACUCCCUACAAGAAUUUGACUCCACAUCCACCACUCUCCCACUCACCUCCAUAACAAGCACCACCACCGGCCCCACUGCCUCUUCCACUUCCUCCAUCUCCUCCACCUCCACUCUCAGCCGCUACGAGAACCAAAAGCGGCGAGACUGGAACACCUUCGGCCAAUACCUCCGCAACCACCGUCCUCCACUCUCCCUCUCCCGGUGCAGCGGGGCGCACGUCCUGGAGUUCUUGCGCUAUCUAGACCAGUUUGGAAAAACCAAAGUCCACACUCAACUCUGCCCCUUCUUUGGCCACCCGAACCCCCCUGCCCCCUGCCCGUGUCCUCUCCGCCAGGCAUGGGGUAGCCUUGAUGCUCUAAUUGGCCGCCUCCGUGCCGCCUUUGAAGAGCAUGGGGGCAAGCCAGAGAACAACCCUUUUGGAGCUCGUGCUGUUAGGCUUUAUCUACGUGAAGUUAGAGAUUCACAAGCUAAAGCUCGAGGGAUUAGCUACGAGAAGAAGAAGAGAAAGAGAUCUCAACAUCAGCAGCAGCAGCAGCAGAGUCCUGCAUUAUCAAUGGCACCACCGCCACCAGCAGCAGCCACUAGUGCAAGUGAUGACCAUGAGUAAAAAUUAAAAAGUUACCACCCAUUUCAAUUAAAGAGCCAGAAUGAGGGUAAAACUCAUUAGAACCUACUCUUUCAUAAUUUUAUUUGCAAUAUGACUAUGAGCUAAGCACUCUAUCUUAUUGUAUCAUAUAUGCGAUGUUUCUUAGUGGGUUUUAAGGAACUAUUUAGAUUUUUAGAUAAUGAACUUGGAUUUAUAUUAUCUUAUUGGAUACCAUUUUCUUCGUCGUAGCAGUAAUAGUAUUGAUCGGAGAGGUAGCUGUUUAUGAACAUGUGUGUGACUUCAUAUAUACUAUUUGUCACGGAUAUGUAGCUGGAAAUCAUAUCAUUUAUGACAAGCAAUAGAUUUGGAGAUCA